UUUGUUCACUAUCAAAAAGCACAGCACAAACACAGAGGAUUAAAUGGUUAAAUAACCAAUCUACUGGGAGUAAAGUGUAGUAUCAUUAUUCGAUUUUAAAUCAAUUUUUUAUACUAAUACAAUUUAAAUUAUAAACUUAGAGGCAAAGCAAGGUUCAUUGCCAACAGAAAUAAAUAUCCAAUGAAAAAUCGCAAAAAUGGAUGUAAAAGUUAAAAUAGAACACGAAGAAGUUGAUCUUCCUGAUCUGAUAGAUCCUGAACUCUUAUCUGAAGAAUAUGGUGACAUAAAACACGAAAUAUUCACCUGUUCUGAAUGUCUAGAAAAUUUCAAUUGCGAACUCCUUCUGAACCGCCAUCAAAUGAUUCAUGACAAAACUGAAUACUAUGAAGAAGGAAUUAAACCAUAUCCAUGCAGCAAGAGAAUCGCUCGAACAGAGAAGAAUAAAAGGGAUAACGACAAGGGAAACUCAAAUAGUAAGGCUGAAUUUGUUAAUAAAAGAAUAAAAAUAGAUUUUAUUGAAGAAGAAAAACAAGAUAGAAAAAAAGAAUUAAGCAGAUUGCGUAAUAUAAAAUAUCGACAACGAUUGAAAAAGGCAAAACAAGAUGCAUUAAACCAGUCAGGUAUAGAUCAUGCUCAGUCAUCUAUAGAGCGAAAAAAAGAAUUAUCAAAAAAAAGUUCGCAAAGAUAUAGGGAUAGAAAAAGACUAGCACUCCUCAUUACUAGCAGAGACACUGUAAUUCCAGAACAAGCAACGGUGAAGCAACAGUUACAUGUUCAAAAUCAGUCUGAGAUAUACGAUUCUCAAAUAGCAGGACCAUCCUGGAUAGACGUUCCGUUGGCCAGCAAAAAAACUACUGAAUCUAGUAAUAUUAAAUUAAAUGAUGAUUCGAGACAUUCCAAUGACUCAACUUCAGAUCCUGAUUCAAGGUCUAUAAAUUUUGAUAGUUUACAAAAACAUCAACAACUAGAAAACAUUAAUUCUGAUAAUUCAGAUAAUAACAUUGGUCAAGUGGAUCCACCAAACAUUAUUUUACAUGUUCCUGAAGAAACUAGAACUCAACAAUCACAACAUCCUUGUCCGCGGUAUUCCUUGUAUACUACACAUUCCAGUGCUCAUCUAGAGAUGAAAAAGCACUUCUUUGACAAUAAUUUUGGUCAUGCUUGUGAUAUUUGUGAUAGAUUGUGCUUCAAAAAUGACCUAAACGUAUUAAAAAACGACGAAACAACCAAUAAUGUUCACUACUUCAGAACACUUCUUACAAAUAGUGAUAUACCUGCAAUUAGUGUAUGUAAAUCUUGUCUUCAAUCAGUUAACAGAAAAAGAGUUCCUAUUUGCUCAGUGUAUAAUGGAUUUAAAUAUCCAGAUUUUCCAGAAAACUUGAUAAAUGUGCCAUUAGAUUUCGUUUCAGAAAGACUCAUUUCGCCGAGAACACCUUUCAUGCAGAUUAGGAGACUCAGACGCAUUAAUGGACAAAAUGAAAUAUACGGACAAGUUAUCAAUAUACCUACAGAAUUUAAUACAAUGCUUAAUCAGUUACCAAGAAAGGUGAAUGAUUAUCACAGUAUUACCGUUCACAUUGAAAGGAAAGAAAUUUAUAAAUUAAACUAUCUUGGUAGAAUAGUUAAUAAAAGGGCAUUGAAAAAUUGGUUAUCGUAUUUGGUAAAAACACCUCUUUAUGAAGCUAACAAGAUAACUAUUGAUGAGACAUUUUUUGAAGGUAUGGAUUCUAUAAAUGAAGAAGACAAUGAAGUUUUUGAAAAUAUUUCUGUUGAAGAAAGUUUACUAGCGCAACAGCAAACAUUAAUGUGGAAUGACAGAGAUUAUAAUGUUCCGGUCAAUCUUUUACUUGAUGAACAUGCAGAAGAAUUGUGUUUUCCUGCAAUUUACUUAGGACAAUCUCGUAAAUUUCGAGACGGUGUUGUAGCCACACCAUUCAUGAUGGCAACUAGCGAAAUUAGACGAUCUGAUAGACGCGGAGUUACUCCCCAGCACUUAUUUUAUAUGACGUUGAAAAUAAUGAGAUUAAGAAUACUUGAUGCACUCAAAGAUGCUGGUAUUACAAAAAAGCAAAUGAAGGACCCGAAUUAUCUACAAACUUGCGAUGAAAGUAAGUUAGCUUUCUUACGUUCAAUUCCAAAUUCAUCGUGGUAUUGGCUAGAAAGAAAGAAAGACCUGUUCGCAAUGAUUAGACAACUAGGUAAGCCAACAGUAUUUUUUACUAUAAGCGCCAACGAAACAGGAUGGCCUGAUUUAUUACAAAUUUUAUACAAAUUGAAAAAUAAGGAAGAUAUUACUCUUGAAAAUGCAGAAAAAUUACAUUAUAUGACUAAAAGCACUCUAAUCAACCAGGAUUCAGUUACGUGUGUAAUUUACUUUAGUAAAUUGGUGAACGUAGUAUUGAAUGUCUUGCAGUCGAAAAAAUAUAGUCCCUUUAAAAAGUUCAGAGUGUUACAUUACUUCAAAAGGAUUGAAUUUCAGGAUGGAAGUCCGCAAGCGCAUGUUUUAGCUUGGCUUGACAAUGCUCCUCAAAAUGCACUCGAAGAAAACUACAGAGCAAUAAAAGUUAUAGAUUCUCUAAUAUCAGUAAAACGUUCGGAAGCUUCAGGGAACAUAAAAUUGCAAACUCACAAACAUACUUCCAAGUGCCAUGAACAAAAUUCUUCAAACAAAGCUCAAAGAUGUAAAUCUGAUGCUCCUUUCAUGCCUUCUAAAGACACCAUGAUUUUAACACCGAUGGAUGAUAGUGAAAAUGGAUUUGCAAAUUAUAAAAAAAAGUAUGCUGAAAUAAGAAAAAACAUAGAGAGUGCAGAUUAUAAUGAUGGAAUGAAUGAUUUUUACCAAAAGAAUGGUAUCUUGACAGAUAAAGAAUAUAUAAAAGUUAUCCGAGCAGGUAUCAAUCGACCAAAAGUUUUUUUGAAACGCGAACCAAGUGAAAAAUGGCAUAAUCCAUUCAAUCCAUUCUUAUUAAAUGUAGUGAAAUCUAAUAUAGAUUUCCAAUUUAUCAUUGAUGAGUACUCAUGCGCUGAGUUUGUCGUUGAAUAUAUGAAUAAGAUAAAUGGAGGUGUAAGCGAUUUACAAAGAAAAAUUAUUGAAACUAUGAACGAGCAUCCAGAAUUUGGUAUAGUUGAAGCAACUAAACAUAUUGGUGUCAAUAUUUUAGAUCAAACGGAAAUAACAAGUCAAGAAGCUGCAUGGUACUUACUGCGUGAACCAAUGUCGAGAAGUUCGGCUGACAUUGUAUAUAUUCCUACGGUAUGGCCUAUUGAGCGACAAAAAAUCAGAAAGACAAUGAAAGUAUUGACAGAUUUGGAAGAUGGUGACACAGAUAUUUGGAAGGAAAAUUGGUUUGAAAAGUACGAAAAAAGACCACAUCAUUUGGAAGAUGUUACUUUGGCGCAAUUUGUAUCAAAUUAUUAUAAAAACACCAAAAGAGAAUAUGUUCGGCGAAGGGAGCCAAGAAUUAUACAUUAUAAAAAUUAUGACAUGGAAAAUGAUUUUAAUGAAUACCAAAGAGAAAUGGUCACGUUACACAUACCAUUUCGUCAUGAAGAGUCGGAAGUGUUAUCAGAAAUGAAAUUUAUUAAGAUAUACGAAGAUAAUGUGGACAGAAUAGUGCAAAAUCGACAAGAAUUUGAAUCAAACAUAGAUAUAUUAAAAACCAUUCAGGAAUUAUCUCGUCCGCAGUAUUCAUUGUAUAAUACACAUUACAGUGCUCAUCUACAGAUGAAAAAUCAACUCUUUGACAAUAAUUUUGGUCAUGCCUGUGAUAUUUGUGAUAGAUUGUUCUUCAAAAUUGACUUAAAAGUAUUAAAAAACGACAAUGGAACCCAUAAUAUUCACUUCAUUAGAACACUUCUUACAAAUGAUAUAUCAGCAAUUAGUGUAUGUAAAUCUUGUUUUCCGUUAAUCAAACAAAACAGAGUUCCUAUUUUCUCAGUGUAUAAUGGAUUUAAAUAUCCAGAUUUUCCAGAAAACUUAAUAAAUGUGCCAUUAGAUUUAGUUUUAGAAAGGCUCAUUUCGCCAAGGACACCUUUCAUGCAGAUUAGGAGACUCAGACGUAUUAAUGGACAAAAUGAAAUAUACGGACAAGUUAUCAAUAUACCUAUAGACGUUAAUACAAUGAUUAAUAAGUUACCAAGAAAUGUAGAUGAUUAUCACAGUGUAACCGUUCACAUUGAAAGGAAAAAAACUUAUAAACUAAGCUACCUUUGUGGAAUAGUUAAUAAAAGGGCAUUGAAAAGUUGGUUAUCGUAUUUGAUAAAAACACCUCUUUAUGAAGUUAACAAGAUAACUAUUGAUGAAACAUUUUUUGAAGGUAUUGAUUCUAUAACUGAAAAAGACAUUGAAGUUUUUGAAAACAUUCCUAUUGAAGAAAGUUUAGUAGCACAACAGCAAACAUUAAUGUGGAAUGAUGGAGAAUGUAAUGUUCCAAUCAGUCUUUUACUUAAUGAACAUGCAGAAGAAUUGUCUUUCCCUGCAAUUUACUUAGGGCAAUUUCGUAAAUUUCGAGAUGGUAUUGUAGUUACACCAUUUAUGAUGGCAGCUAGCGAAAUUAGACGAUCUGAUAGGCGGGGAGUUACACCUCAACACUUAUUAUAUAUGGCAAUGAAAUUAAUGAGAAUAAGAAUGAUUGAUUCACUCAAAGAUGCUGGCAUUCCAAAUUGGCAAAUACAACUUCCGAAUUAUCUACAAGAUAGCACUGAGCAUAAGUUAGCUUUGUUACGUUCAAUUCCAAAUUCAACUUGGUAUUGGCUAGAAAAAACAAAAGAUCUGUUCGCAAUGAUUAGACAACUAGGUAAACCAACAGUAUUUUUUACUAUAAGCGCUAAUGAAACAAGAUGGCCAGAUUUAUUACAAAUUCUAUACAAAUUGAAAAAUAAGAUAGAUAUUACUAUCGAAUAUGCAGAGAAAUUAGACUAUAUGACAAAAUGCUCUCUAGUCAAUGAGGACUCAGUUACUUGUGCAAUUUACUUUAGUAAAUUGGUUAACGUUAUUUUGAAUGUUUUGCAAUCGGAAAGAUGUAGUCCUUUUAAAAAGUUCCGAGUGUUACAUUACUUCAAAAGGAUUGAAUUUCAGGAUAGUGGAACUCCUCAAGCUCAUGUUUUAGCUUGGCUUGACAAUGCUCCCGAAGGAGACUAUAACAGUGUAAUAGAAAUUAUAGAUUCACUAAUAUCAGUAAAAAGUUCAGAAGCUUCUGGUAACAUAAAAUUACAAACUCAUAAACAUACUUCUAGGUGUUUCAAACAAACUACUUCAAACAAAGCUCAAAAAUGUAGAUUUGAUGCUCCUUUCAUGCCUUUUAAAAACACCAUUAUCUUAACACCGAUGGAAGAUAGUGAAAAUGGAUUUGAAUAUUAUAAAAAAAAGUAUGCUGAAAUAAGAAAAAACUUAGAGAGUACAAAUUAUAAUGGUAUGAAUGAUUUUUACCAAAAAAAUUGUAUCUUGACAGAUGAAGAAUACAUAAAAAUUAUACGAGCAGGUAUCAAUCGACCAAGAGUUUUUUUGAAACGUGAACCAAGUGAAAAGUGGCACAAUCCAUUCAAUCCUUUCUUAUUAAAUGUAGUGAAAUCAAACAUAGAUUUCCAAUUUAUUACUGAUGAAUAUUCAUGCGCUGAGUUUAUCGUUGAAUAUAUCAAUAAGACAAAUAGAGGUGUAAGCGAUUUACAAAGAAAAAUUAUUGAAACUAUGAACGAACAUCCAGAAUUUGAUAUAGCUGAAGCAACUAAAAACAUUGGUGUCAAUAUUUUAAAUCAAAUGGAAAUAACAAGUCAAGAAGCUGCUUGGUACUUACUGCGUGAACCAAUGUCAAAAACUUCGGCGGACGUUGUAUAUAUUCCUACGGUAUAUCCUACUGCACGACAAAGAAUCAAAAAGACAAUGAAAGUAUUGAGUGAUUUGGAAGAUAGUGGCACAGAUCUUUGGAAGGAAAAUUGGUUUGAAAAGUACGAAAAAAGACCGGAUUUUUUGGAAGAUGUUACUUUGGCACAAUUUGUGUCAAACAAAUUUGGCACGUAUUAUAAAACCACCAAAGGAGAAUAUUUUCGACGUGAGCCAGGAAUUAUACGUUAUAGAAACUAUGACAUGGCAGAUGAUUUCAAUGAAUUCCGAAGAGAAAUGGUGACGUUACACAUUCCAUUUCGUAACGAAGAGUCUGAAAUUUUAUCAGACAUGAAAUUUAUUAAGAUAUACGAAGAUAAUGAAGACAUAAUACUACAAAAUCGAAAAGAAUUUGAAUCAAAAAUAGAUAUAGCAAAAACCAUUCAGAUUUAUUGUGAUUUAUGCCGUGAAGAAACCCCAUGUGAUGAGGAUGUUAAUUCAUUUGAAAAGAUGUACAAUGACCCAGAUAUAAACGAUGAUCUGAGUGUUGCAAUUCUUGAUAAACUUGUUCCUGUAAUAAAGAAAGAAGAAUAUAUCUGAAGACUUGCAUACAAAUGAACAGAUCUCACCACGACGAACUCAUCAAGAAAAAAUAUACAUGAUAAUGGAUGUAAAAUUUGAAACCUGGAAUGUGCAAACCCUCUAAAAGACAGGAUUUAUGAUUAGUUUGGCAGAAAAACGUAAAAAAAAAGAAAUUCGUAAAAAUAAGUUCGAACUAUAGGUACUUCUCCGAAAACGAAAUCAAACAAGGUGAAAAGAAGAAGUGUUAUUAGUAAACAAAAGACUGAAAAUCCGUUAUCGAAUUUACACCAAUAUCAGACAGAAUUUGCAUCAUGAGACUAAAAGGUAAACUGCAUAACGUGACAAUGGUUAAUGUAUAUGACUAUGAAUAUAAUGACUGAAAACUAUAAAUGUAAUGAGUCAAAAUUAUUAAAGAAAAGCAAUGGAACAAUAAAGAAGAAUGACACAAGGGAGGUCUGAAUUAAAGGACAUAGCCAGAGUGGCAAAGACCCAUCCAGGGAUAUUUUGCCAAAAGAAGAAGAAGACUAUUGCAACUUGAUGCGCAGAAUUCAAAAGACUUACUUACAUUAAAUCCUCUUGUAACUACAGUGGAACCCCGAUAAGUCGGCUCCCGAUAACCCGGAAGUCCGGCUAACCCGGACCGAUUUUUAUCAGACAAACAUUUCGUCAAUAAAAAUGUAUGUAAUAUAGUAUUUGAGAGAUAAUGGGUAUUUGUAUAAUUUGAACUACAUAUGCGAUAGUAAAGAUUCAUGGCACACGACGUUCAUUGUCGUGUUAUCGGAAACAACAGGGGCCUGUAGUAUCCUUUAUUUAUUUCAAACUGUCUUAGCAUUGUUUAAAAAAAAACUAAAAGACUAUUAAAAAAUUCUUUUUUAAACAAUGGUCUUAGUCUUCACUGCUAUUAAAUAACAUAACAUCGUUGCGAUUGAGACCGUAUUGUGUGUAGUAUAGUUAUCUGUAAGUAUACCGUAUUUUAUUAAUUUUUACCAUCUUCUCCGGCUAACCCGGAUUUUCGAUAACCCGGAUCGGCCGCGGUCCCGAUUAAUCCGAGUUAACGAGGUUCCACUGUAUUAGUAAAACAUUAAUGGAUUUAUGGAUAAUGGACACACAUUGAUCGUAAUGAUCUAUUGUAAAAAUUCAACUGUUUUAUUAUUGUCAGAAACCCAUAUGAGCAGUGAAGAACCUAUAGACAUUCCCAAUUUCAAUGGCGUUAAACAUUUAAAAAGAUAAGUUACAGUUGCUGGAGUGGUCAUUUACCAGAAUGCGAACGAUAUAUCCCAUAUUGUCAUUUCAUGUAUGGACAUUCAUUUAAGACAUACUCCAGGUUUAAGUAUGCAUACUUCUGAAAUAUAAACGAAUCAGAAGAUGGCCCCAAAUGAGAUGGGCAGAUGAUAUAAAGAAGUGGGUGAUUGUAGCGACAGACAUAGAAGAAUGGAAAAGGAUUGGGGAGACCUAUAUCCAAAGAUGGACCGAAGAAGGCUACUUAGAUAGAUAGACUUAUGAAAUAAGGGAAUAUAUUGUAUAGAUCAUUGUAAUAAUGAACAUGGACACACAAUGUUAGUGGUUUAUGUUUCACCAAGAAAAAAUAAUGUACGAGAAAUUGUUCAAUUUUUAAACAAAAACUUGUUGAUAUAUACUGAAGAAGAUUAUAUAAUACUUGGUGAAAAUUGGCACGCAAUGUUGGUGAUUUUGAGUGCUGAUUUUAUCACAAGCUUACUGAGGAUGCGUCAAAACCAUUAUAGUGGACUUUUUAAAAAAUAAAUUAGGUUUGAACGUGUCAAAUGAUAAAAUAGAAGAACUACAAGAUAUGGAACAAAUAUAUUGACGCAGUUUUCUGAAGAUAUUUACAAAAUUUUAUUUCCCAAGUUUUUGUUUGAUGUUUUAGUUAUGACAAGCCAAUAUAGUUUCACUUUUAGGGUAGAAUGGUAGUCAAAAUGAAGUAAUUAUAUCAGAAAUUGAUGAUAACGAUGAAAAUGUAAAUAAUCCAUAAAUUGUAUAUUAUAUUUAACAAGUUUUGUAUAAAUAAAUGAAGUGUAAAUAAAGAUUAUUAAAAUUUUGAAGAUAUUAAAUUUGUGAUUUUA